GUAAAUUAUGUGGACCCUGGCUGCUGACGUCUCAAAUCUUGACCCUGAGCUGACACCAACACAGCAGAAACGGGAAGGAAGUGAGUCUUGUCAGUAUUUGCCUUCAAAUAAAAAUUUCUCACAGAAGUGGAAGCAAUGAAUGGCCAUGUUCCUGAACGUGAAUGUCAGGCUAUUGAAUUACAAGGUGGGAGAGAACUUGAGGAGGAAAAUGAGGCAGACCAUAAUAAACCUCUUAAUCCUGAAGCAUCCAUGACAAAAAAGGAGAGAGCCUACUACUGGAGGUCUUGUGGAGACACAAUUUUUUGGAAAUGUAAACUGUGGAUGGUUAUAUCUUCAGUUUUCCUAGGGCUCCUUCUAGUGAUUAUUAUCAGCUUAAUUCUUUAUUCAGAGGUUUACAUAGAUGAAGAUGAAUAUUGGGAUCCUGAAUCAGUAUCAAGUGGAAAUUAUCGCAAUUUUUCUGGAAGACUACAAAUAAAGUGUGCUGCUCAAUCAAAUUAUUCUGAAGAUCUUACUAAGAGGCUAAUAGAUGUCUACAGUUCAUCUCCAGCCCUGGGGCGCUAUUUUAUCACUGCUCAAGUGGAUUCCUUCAGUUAUGAAAAUGCCACUGCAUUCUACCAGCUUGUAUUCUCCUUGCCACCAGUGGCUGAUGAGUUCAUGAAGUACACGAUGAGUGAAGAGUUUGUGAUGAAUGUCUUGCGACAAAAUAUUUAUGAUCAGGAAGAUACUUAUGAUCAGGAAUCACCUGAAUGUACUAAGAUAAGGCUUGAUCCAGCUUCUCUCACACUAACUUAGUAACAGCGGAAAGACUCCUAGUUUACCACAGCCACUUGAGGACAUGUGUUUCCUGUAUAUAUUAACAUCCUGAGGAAUGAGAAUUAAUUUCAUUAUUGUGAAAGGUUUCUGAAGAAUAUGGCUGUAUUGUGAACACUUUACACAAUGCAGUAAUGUAUGUAGCAUAUGCAAUAUAUUUAUCACAGCUAUUUACGCUUUGAAUACAACCAUCUCCUUCACUGCUGUUCUGACACUCACUCCACCCUUGUCCAAUCUACUUAAAGCUUUGUUGCCAAAAAUCAUGUAACUUGCCUGAUGCUGAGCACGUUAAUCUACUUUUGCAGCACCUUCACUGGUUUUAUAUUGCCUUUUUAAUAGAAUCCAGAACUUGUUCUUUCCUUCAAGCCCCUCCAUAAGCUAGCUCCUUUCUAACACUCCACUCUUCUCACUCUACUGCCAGUCACAUUUUCCUCUUUGCUCAUGCCAAGUUGUCCAUGCAGUUGCCCCUUGAACUUUGUUUCCCACACUCACCUCCUGGCUUCUCUCAUGCUGACUGCAUCCACCAUACUUCAUCCCUCAACCUGAAAUCCCUCUCCAAACCCAUUUCUUGCAAACUGUACAUGCUUAAAUACUUCACUGUUUUCCUGAUUUUUUUUUAAUGACUUUCAAACUCUUCCAGAGACCUCUGUCAUGUUGCUCUCUUGCUCAUCCUUCCCUUUUCUCUCCCUCCCUGUGGAGAUGUCUGCUCCUGUUUCUUGCCUUAAUUUAGAUUGUUUGUAAGCUCUUAUGGAGCAGUGACUUCAUCUUUAUUGGUACAGUGAAGUGCCAUGUACAUUUAUGAUGCUCUACUAUUGUUCCAUGGCCUGGCCCUGCAAACACUUAGACACAAGUAUUUCCAUUCCAUUCAGUGGGAUUAUUGAUAUGAGUAAAGUGAAUUUAGGACUGCCGUACCCCAAAGGUACAUAGGAUAAAUGUGCUCCUCAGUGACAUGUUCCAGUAUGCAGUGUUCUAAGAAUUGCUCUGGGCUCAAUAUAGCUGUUUACUUGCUAACUUAAUAGAAUUUGUCCAUAAUAUGUGUGUCAAAUGGCAAAUAUUUGACACAACUAUAACUUGUUUUUUUAAAAGCACUUCUUUGAGUCCAUAUCCUGAUUGUCUGCAGGGCUCAGAAAAUACUCACCAACACACCAUAUACAGAUAGGAUAUAUGACCAGAGAUGAUUGUUUUUUUGGCCUUUUGAAUGAUCAAAUACUAGUCACAGUUGUAGGCAAAACACCUGACUAAAUUGGUCAGUAGUAACAUCAGGCAAAUCCUUUGUUUCUAAGCAUGUCACAUCAGAAAGUCAACAUGUGAUCAUGUAACGACAGUAAUACUGCAUUUGCACAUGGUGGAAAAAUUAAGGCGAAACUGAACUAUGAAUUUGUGACUUGUGGGCUGAAGAGAGAACUUCAACAUUAUACUAUGGAAGUGCAACUUCCUGCAGUGAAUUAUUCUGAGUUUUGAAGUUCAAAGGUUUAUACUGAAAUGUGAAUUUUAAUAUAUUUGUACAGGAAGAUAUAUCUUUAUAAUCACUUUUUUAAAAAUUUGGCAUCUAUUUUUAGAAAAUGACUAAACUGUAUCUGAUGCAUUAAAUUAUUUUUGUGAUACUAUUUAACAUUUGUUUGAAUUGUUGUUUUAUCAGUUCUAGGCCUUGACUGGUGACUUUGGGCUGAAAGAUGACCAUAAAGGUAGAACUGUGCAAAACUUGUGUAACCAAACCUGCAAUGACUCAAAACUUGGGCUAGGUCAGUUUAGAUGAGUGAGCCUGGUCAGUGGUGCAGGAUAAAUGAGUGAAUCACCUGACUCUCCAGUUUGUCACACAGUUAUUGCCACCAGCACCACAUUGAAGACAAAAGACACAGACUAUGGACGUUGGGAGCAAAUCCUGCCUUGAAACUUGCUCAGCAAUGAGCUGGAUAGGAGACAAGACUGAGACUCAAGAGCUGGGUUUUCAUAAAUUUUUAAGGUUCGAAGGGACCAUUGUGAUCAUCUAGUCUGAACUCUUUUCCUGGCUCUGCAACUGACUUGUGUGACCCCAGACCAGUCACUUGAACUGUGCCUCAUUUUCCCCAUCUGUAAAAUGGAGUGAUACUUACCAAGUCAGUGAAGUGCUUUGAGAGCUACGGAUGCAGAGCUUUAUAUUAUAAUGAGGUAAUUUCCUGUCUUUAAAGAUAUUGAGUAUAAUUUUACUUGCCCUUGAUUAGCAGAUCACCUCAGUUAAGCAACAGAUUUCUGAUGGCCCCUUUAAGUGAUCGACAGGUUCGGUCUUGAGUACCAUUUGUCCCUGUUUAGUUCCUACAUUUCACAAAAUAUCUAUCAGCUUUAGCCCUUCUCCUCAAUCUCCUACGCCAAUCUUUGAACAUAAAUGGAUAUUGAACCUACCUCUUUUUUGGUAGGCAGUUCCCCAUCCUUUCAAAGAAUCUCAGCAGCUCUGGAAAGCAGGUAGUUUCUUCUUUUGGAUUCCUGUUUUAGUUGUGUUUUCUACCUGGAGUUUUGUGAAUCAAAAACCUAACAGGCAGGUGGACUCAGUAUCUGACACCAUCUGCACGUGCACCCAAAUUCAACAUACCAAAUCUCCACUGCAGAUAAUCUCUCUUGACAAGUGGGGGUGUGGACAGGAAGACAGUGGGAGGAAUUACUGCUGUCACUUCCUGAGAUGCUGGAAUGAGAGAGAAGCCAGUUUGUUCCUCAUGGCCUCUACCUCAAACGAGGAGAAGUUGAGUUGUUACUGGGAUGUGAAAGUAAAACAUCGCUGCUGGGUUUCUUACCAAGCAGACAGAAACCACAGUCUCUGGUUAACCAGCUUUUCUUAGAAACGGAGCGACAAAAGUUAGUUUAAAUAAUAAUAAAAAAAAGGCAACAAAAACCAAAACCCAACAUCAAUACUGAAUCUUGGAUAUAUUUCAUUUUUGUUUUCUUUUUAUGAUUCCGUUAGGACAGCAGCACAAAAACUCUCCUUGCUUUUAUUUGCUUAGAGCCAAUGGAGUUACAAGAAAGAAUGAGACCUCUGAAGAAUGGAGGAACCUGAAACAAAAUCUGUCCGAGGGGAGAAUUCAGGGACCCAGUGCUUCUUAAAUAAGCCGUUAUUACAUAGAUAUAUUGUUGGGGGGGGGAGGGGGAAGGGGAGGUACGCUGAUAAGACACCAAUGGUGAUGCAAUAGGCAUGAAGCAUUGCAGCAAGGUCACCUGAAAUGCAGGUCUAACUAGCAGGCAGUGGUUAACCAAAGAACUGACUUUGUCUAGAGAUGAUUUCACAGCACAGGCUGCAGGGUGCACACUUGUGGCUUUACAGGUGGACAUGUUGCGCUGUGAGAGGUGUGGCAGCUAAGCAACUUCUCUCUUUGUCUUUAUUUACGUUACACUUGCUAACUGUGUGUUAACACCUGUUAAUUAAGACUGUAAAUUGUAGCCUACUGUGACAGAGGGUUGUCACAGUUCACGCUCCCUGGUAGCAUGGCAUGGUUCUACAGGCACCCACCCCUCCAUUCCCUCCAGAUCCUUGCAAUAAUAGUUCAGUUCCUCCUUGUGGGAUUUUAUUUAUUAUGCCUUUCCAAAAUACAGACACUUCGGUCUCCUUAUCCUGGUCAUGCUGUAGGUCUCCAAAUCCCAGCAUGGAUUUAGAGGGAUUACUAUGAUACUACAGGUGCUUGCACACAUUGGGUCUACCAACAAUUAAGCAUGACAUCAAGGACCUUCAUUUGGAUACAGGAUUCUUCACUUCUUCCUGUCCCAAGCUGUUGUAUGGGUUUGCAGUUAAAAGGAUGUUGCGCCUCGCUCUAGGAAUGGCUGAAAUUCUGUGGUGGAUGAAGUGAGAGCCUUGUUUUGAGUCCAGGUUAUUGGCAGUUCCUUGAAACAAGGCAAUGAAAACCCAUAACUCUCUGCUUCAUGAAACAUGUCUAUGCUAUACGGGUACAAGAACUGAGCCUAUAAUGUAUUUGAAUGUGGCUAUUUGUUCGGAGAACAGAUUGUGAUUUUUUCCUGAAGUUAUUCGUUCUACAAUAUUUUUCAGCAGUUUCAUUCAUGGCCUGGGUUGCUUCGAUGGGAUGGUUCACAUGAAUCCCACGGCAUUGUUACUGUUCCAAGACUGGGUGAGAAUAAGUCUGAAGUCUUCUGUUGAGUUACUUUGAACUGGAGAGAGAAUCUAGGUCAUUAUUAAAAGGAUUAGAAUGUUUAACUGCAUAUUAAGUUAGGAUAGCAAUAAGAGUCAACAUGUUGUUUCUCACAUAGUGGCCACUGUCAAACCCUUAAAGCUUUGCCUUUGCCAAGUUAGUACCACAGUAUUCCAAUGAAUUAGGCUUCUUUGUACCAGUAUAAGGAAUAGAGUAAAUCAGUGUUGUAAUAAAACAAACAAACAAAAACAGUCCAGCUACAAUAUCUAUCCUUUACCAUGAUGUUGAAUGGUUAUUUUUAUUCUCCCACAAAAGUUUAUUUACUCUGGGUGAAUAAAAUUUUGUGAGGCACUGACGGCGGAAACUAUGUAUUUGGGUUGUUAUUACUACUGCAAGUCAGGGGGUUCCAGCAUCUAUGCUUCCUGCAAAUAACAAUUCAAACUCUGAAUGGUGACCUUGGCAGAGUUUUAACACAUAAUAAAAUGAAGUUCCUGUUUUGAUCACUGGAUGGUGCAGUUCAACUGGAGAAGUGUCAGUUAAAUAUUAUAAUAUUAUAAUUGUAUAACACUACUAAUUGAAGAAACUGCGUUAGCUAAGCCUGAAAUGAAUUUGGGCUUUUCUCUCUACAGAGCUGUAUCCCAUUAGUGAAAAAUGUGGGAGCUAAGGCCAGACCUGAUGUAAGUGCAUGCAGAUUCUUUGACGUCAAUGGAGCUGUGCUGGCUUAACACAGGCUCAGUGCAGGUAGUUCAUAGGAAGGUCCAAUCGUCCAAGACCGGAGAAAAUGUUACUUUCCAAUGCCAGCUUGUCAUGGAUCAUGAAGUGCUGCAAGUCACCUGGCAGAAGGAGAGUGGAGAGGGCAAAGGCAACAUAGCAACCUACAGCAGGAUUAACGGCCACAGAGUCCUGGGUAACUAUAGCAGCCGUGUGAACUUCACCCAGAGCGAACUGACAGUCUCUGCCAUUACUGUUCAUGCAGUCACCCUGCAGGAUGAAGGCUGUUAUAAAUGUAUCUUCAACACGUUUCCCAUGGGAUCCAUCACAGGCAGGACAUGCCUCAAGGUUUACGCAAUAUCGGAGCCCAGACUGGAGGCCAAGCUUGUGUCCAGUCCAGACAGUGGUGAGGAGAAGGUGCUGGAAAUAAGAUGCUCAGUAACAGGGAAACCAGCUCCAAUGAUCAGCUGGAACCUGUCCCAUCGCCUUCAGCAGGAGCCGGGACAGUAUCUCAUCAAUCACUCAGACCAGACUGUGACUGUUAUCAGCAAUUUCACACAUGUCCCCUCCAGGAUUCACUGGGAGAACCCAGCUGGCUGUGUGAUCCAACAUCCGCUCCUAAACCUGACGCUGACUCUGUCCAAGGAUGGGCAGGUCCAGGGCCAAUCAGCAACAGUCGACACUGUAACAAUCUACGUAUUGGUUGCUUUGAUUCCCUUGGGGCUCUUGUUCAUCUGCUUCUGCAUCUUGAAGCGAAAACACCAAAUGGAUAGAAACAAAGCUGAUCUAUGUUGGGUUCUUCCCUUAUGCACCAAGGACAUGAGGCAUGGACAGUGCACAAAAAAUGAUAAACAAGGCCCUGACAAGCUUCCUCCCUUAAAAGCCCUCUUGGACAGAUGAAUGCCUGGUGUUGGAAGAAUUUUACCGAACAGUGGUGAAAUGAAAACAGUGCUGGGUUUGGAUGUGUGAAACUGAUGUCUAGCUGUACUUGUAACAUCUCAGACUUCCACAUGAAUCACAUUACGUGCAACUUCCCAUGUUUUAUACAAAAAAAAAAAGAAAACCCACAAAAUAUUUUUAUAUCUAUUUAUGUUUGAAUAAAUGAGCCAAUAAGUGUAGUUGUAUAUAGAAUGCAGUAGGUAUUUAUAUGAGACUGUUAAAUUAUAGUUUUGUAGAUCUGCACAAUAAAAUGCAGUUUUGUAUUUUCUGA